UUCUGAAGGGGAUCAACCAUGGUGGGAGGAGGGAAGCUAGCCACUUUUGGAACUGCAUCAUUCGGCACAUCUGGAAGCAGUUUAUAUGACUCUCUCCCUCCGUAAGGGCAGCAUCUAGAUUCUGUGCAGCUCCAUAGCUGCAGAGAAAUCUAGCUCCAAGUAAACCACAAAAGAAUUUUAAAAGGUAUUUAUUCAGCUGAGCAUUUAUCAAGGAACUAAAAAAAACCCAACAACCAUUUAGCUCUCUUGCCUUUAGUGAGGAUCUCAAGAGAGAGGCAGAUCUGGCAUGAAUGUUUACAACAUUAAACCAUCCAGUUACCAAAAGCAGCUGCUUCGCAGUCAUUUUUCUGGAGAGAGAGCUCUCAGUUGCUCCACUGCCCUUGAAAGUUUCACCUUCAGCUGCAGAUUGCAACCAAAUGAAAGGAUCACAUGGCUCUGCUACGAAAAGUUAAUCAGAUCCUACUGUUUCUUCUGAUUUUGACUGUCUGUGUCAUUCUGUAUAACAAAGUUCACAAGAUGUCAUCUGCCAUUCUGAGGAAUGAAGCUGUUGAUUUGGAGGGCACUGAAGAUAUGGAAGAUGAAAUUCCUGUGGUGAUAUGUGCUGCUGCCGGCAGAAUGGGUGCAGCGAUAGCAGCAGUCAACAGCAUUUAUAGCAACACUGAUUCUAAUGUCUUGUUCUAUGUAGUUGGGCUAAAGAAUGGAAUUCCACAUAUCAGAAAAUGGAUUGAAAACUCAGCACUAAAAGAUAUAAAGUUUAAAAUUGUAGAAUUUAAUCCCAUGGUUUUAAAGGGGAAAAUCAGACCAGAUGCAGCUCGUCCUGAAUUACUUCAGCCUCUAAACUUUGUCCGGUUUUACCUCCCUCUACUUAUCCAUGAACAUGAAAAAGUGAUCUAUCUCGAUGAUGACGUCAUUGUACAAGGUGACAUCCAAGACCUGUUUGAUACAAAAUUAGCCCGUGGUCAUGCUGCAGCUUUUUCAGAUGACUGUGACUUGCCUUCAACUCACGAAAUGGUUAGAAGUGUAGGAAUGCAGAAUACAUAUAUGGGAUUUUUGGACUAUCGAAAACAAACAAUUCGAGAUCUUGGCGUAAGCCCCAGCACCUGUUCCUUUAAUCCUGGUGUUAUUGUUGCCAAUAUGACAGAAUGGAAGCACCAGCGAAUCACAAAGCAGUUAGAAAAAUGGAUGCAGAAAAAUGUAGAAGAAAACCUAUACAGCAGCACCCUUGCAGGAGGUGUUGCAACUUCACCAAUGCUCAUUGUAUUCCGUGGAAAAUAUUCACCAAUUAAUCCCUUAUGGCAUAUUCGGCAUUUAGGCUGGAGUCCUGAUGCCAGGUACUCAGAACAUUUUCUUCAUGAUGCCAAGUUACUGCACUGGAAUGGAAGAUACAAGCCUUGGGAUUACCCUAGUGUUCACACUGACCUAUGGGAAAAGUGGUUUGUUCCUGACCCUUCAGGGACGUUUAAACUGAUUCGUCCCAACAGCUGAUGGCGUUGACAUGUUGAAGACACAAGAUUAGUCCCAAGUACAUAACAAUGUAAAUAUUUUGUGAUGUGGUUUAUCACCUUUGUUGUGCAUACGACUAGUUUAUGAGAUCAACACACUUUUUCAAAUGUGUCAAAAUGAAGGGAAGAGUACAAGCAAUCACUGAUGAGGUAUGCACAAUUCAGAGAAACUUUGGUUUCAAGUCUUACAAGUCAGACUACAAAGUUUUGAGAAACUUUUUUUUUAAAAAAAAACACAAAUUGCUAUUUUAUGUCAUAUUCUGUAAAUAAUAGUUGCUUAUUGAGGAGCCAUUUAUAAAAGUCCAGAAUAAAAUCUUACUGUGACUGAUAUUAAACAGAAAAUAAAUUAAA